GAGCCACACUUGCUUUCAUCUUGAACGGCGACCACGCCCACGAAUUGGCAUAGUCUUCGCAAAGUUGUGAUCAGGAUUGUCCUACGACCUCGAGCUCCCGAACAUCACUUCAACGCUUGCAACAAAAAAUUGAUCGCCCAAAUGGCUUCAUACGAAGACUGGAACAGAAUUGAGGAGGACGAGGAAGAAGAGCUCGAAGACGCAUCUUACUACGAAGGCAAGAAAGAUGUCAUUUUGUUCUGCAUUGAUUGUUCGCCAUCCAUGCUUGAGUUGCACGACGACCCAAAUUACGAAGACCUCCAGACAUGCCACCUAUACACGGCUCUAGAGGCUGCAAUGAACAUUGAGAAGCGUAAGGUCAUGGUUGGCCCAAACGACGCAGUAGGGAUUAUGCUUUUUAACACGACAAGACGAAAUGAGAAGGAUGGCCAGAGUGCUGAAAUCAAGAAGGGAAACUUUGUGUAUCAGCCGAUAGAGACUAUCAAUGCGCCGAAUGUGCAGGAGGUGAUGCGGUUGCUUGAAGCUGCAAGAGAGGAUCCUAACCUUCUGCGCGAAACAUUCCCACCAAUGACCGAAGGCCGCAUCCCAAUGGGAGAUGUUUUCACUAGUUGUAAUUGGGUCAUCCGCGACGGGGCUCCUAAGACCGCCACAAAACGCGUCUUUCUCGUGACGGAUGAGGAUGACCCUCACCCAGGCGCCGCCAAGGAGAGGCUGAUCACUACCGCGCGGACCACCCUCAUCGACUUGGUGCAGGCCGGAGUCACUGUCGAGCCGUUCUUCAUCAGUACGGAGGACAAGCCAUUCGACCCGUCUAACUUCUACUCGUCCGUGCUCCUUCCUACGAACGUCGUGGACGAGGAUGACGCGGGGGGCAACUUUCUCCCGGAGUCCAUCUCAAUAGCCCGCGUCGACGACCUGCUAGAACAAAUGCGGAUCCGCGAAGUGCCGAAGCGGGCCCAGUUCAGCGUGCCCUUCCAGCUCGCGGAGGGAUUCACCAUCGGCGUGAAAGGGUAUGGCCUCAUCACUGAGCAGAAGAAGGGCUCCUACAAGUACUUCGUCGACCUUGGUGACAGAAUGGAUGUCGUCAAUUCCCGCACCGUGUAUGUGGAUGAGGACACGCAGGCAGAAGCCGAUAAGGCGCGGGUUCUGUACGGUAUGGAGCUCGGUUCGACCGCGGAAUCGGCGGAGGACGAGGAAGGUGAAGAGGGGCUGCGAGUUGCGCCCGCUAACUGUAAGGUUUUUUACACCGCAGAGGAGCUACGUUCCUUCCGUACGCUAGGGCUUGACCCAAUCAUCAAACUGCUUGGCUUCAAGAGCCAAUCGAAGCUCAAUUUCGAGGACAAUGUGAAGCACUCCCUGUUCAUCUAUCCGGAUGAGAUGACUUAUUCCGGGAGCAAGCGGACGUUCACCGCGCUGUUGCGCACCAUGCUCAACAAAAACAGAAUGGGCAUUGUAUUGACCCUCACGCGACGCAACGCGUCACCGCAGUUCUGUGCACUGCUGCCUCAGGCGGAGAAGGUAGACGAGGGAGGAUGGCACGAGCCAGCUGGCUUCCACCUCAUCCCGCUGCCAUUCGCUGAUGACAUCAGGGCAGCUCCCGUCCAGGAGAGUGUUCGUGCAUCCGAUGAAUUGAAGGACGAGGCGCGCAGAUUUUUAGACAAGCUCAUGAUAAAGAACGGUGCUUAUAAUGCGGAUGCUCACCCCAACCCUGCCCUGGGAUAUCACAACGCGCAACUUGAAGCCAGCGCGUUCCGGGAGGAAUUCGAUCCCGCGGCGUUCGAGGACAGGACCGUGCCGAAAUAUGAUCAGAUGCACAAGCGUGCAGGCACGCUCAUGAAGGCGUGGAAAGAGGCCCUGCUGAAGGACGAGUCGGCAAACAUGACCAUCAUUACCACCGGCUCGAAGCGCAAGGCGGACGUAAGCGUGGACGAGGCGGAGAUCCGGAGCAAGUAUGACAGCGGGGGGCUCGAGAAGCUUCGAGUGGAUCAGCUUAAGGAAUUUCUCAAGAGCAAGAGCCAAUCGGUGUCAGGCAAGAAGGCCGAACUUAUCGUCCGUGUCAGCGAGUGGUUGGAGAAGCACCCGUAGCGCGUCGUGUUUCAAGGCGGGUCGACGCGUCUCGUGAGAGCGUCCUCCAGGGGUCGUGUUGCGCACUUUCUAGUGUGGGGUAUCGGAGCACGGACUGUGAGAUUCAACACUACCUACUCGCGCUAUGUACCCCGCUUCCGACAUUCUGCGGGACCGAGUCGAGGCGCAUGUCGUGUGAAGGUGCUAUUUCUUGUUGUAUGAGUUACAUUAUAUCCGCUAGUAAUCCGAGGGUCUGACCCGCAAGUACACUUGCCAA